AUGGUUACAGUCAGGUCAGUGGUUGCUCUUGCAGCUUAUGAAGGGUGGUACAUCUAUCAGAUUAAUGUCCAUAAUGCUUUCCUCAAUGGUGAUCUACUAGAAGAGUUGGUUGGCUAUGACCCAGUGAUAGUACUAGUGUAUGUGGAUGAUCUUAUAGUUACUAGAAGCAAUCAAAAACUCUUUUGUGACACCAGACAGGAGAUUCAAAAGAAGUUCAAGAUGAAGGACCUAGGUGAACUAAAGUUUUUUCUGGGAAUUGAGUUUUCUAGGUCCAACAAAGGCAUUCUCAUGUCUCAAAGAAAAUAUGCAUUAGAGCUAAUUUCUAAAUCUGGGCUAGGGGGAGCAAAGCCAACCUGCACACCACUUGAGAUGAAUCAGAAACUCACUUCUAUACAGUAUGAUGAACACAUCAAUAAUGGAAUUCCUGAAGGUGACACAAUUCUUGCCGACAUUACAAAAUGCCAAAGACUAGUAGGGAAACUUUUGUACAUUACCAUGACUAGACCUGAUCUUGCAUUCUCUGUACAAGUAUUGAGUCAAUUCAUGCAUUGUCCAAAAAAAUCACACAUGGAGGCAGCUUUAAGAAUGGUGAGAUAUAUUAACGAGGCACCUGGUUUAGGCUUGUUAAUGCCAGCAAAUGACACCAAUAAACUGACAGCCUACUGCGAUUCUAACUGGGGAGCAUGUGUGGUGACUAGAAGAUCAGUUACAUGA